GAAACAAUGUUCUAAGAAUGUCAUCAGGCAUCCAAAGAAAAACAAAGACUGCAGGACAAAGCAAGACAUCUUCUCCUUUGCCAUGUUGUCCAGAACCUGCAAUUAAACCACAGCCAAAGCCUAGUGACAAGCUGAAUCCUAAAACUAUUGAUCCGUUCGAUUCUUACUCUCGACCGUCUUCUGCAUUUGCUGCUAUAUAUGCUAAAGGUGGCAUUCCAUGCAGGUUAGUGCAUGGCUCAGUAAAGCACAGGCUGCAAUGGGAAUGCCUUCCUGAAACUGUUCCUUUUGAUCCUCUACUUGUAACACUGGCAGAGGGUCUGAGAGAGACAAAACAUCCCUAUACAUUUGUUUCAAAGGAGGGUUUUAAAGAAUUACUUAUGGUUGGAGGUGCUGCUGAAAAAGCAAUUCCUUUGUUGCCUCGUCUAGUUCCAGUGUUAAAGGCUGCAUUGGCGCAUUCGGAUGAUGAAGUAUUUGGAAGGGGAUUGGAUGCUUUAGUUCAACUGAGUGCUGUUGUUGGCCCAUCUCUUAAUGAUCAUCUUAAGCAUCUACUCACAAAUCUUUCUAGGAGAUUAAUGGACAAGAAAUUUAGAGAAAAAAUUACUGUUACUUUGCAAAAGUUGGAGCAAUAUGGUGGCAAGGCAACUGUGGCUAUCAUCAAAUCUAAAAUUCCAACCUAUUGUUCUAUCUCUUGUUGA